UUUUAUAUAUAUAUAAAAAGAUAUAAGCUCAACCAAACUUUUUUUUUUUCAUUGAAGAGAUUUUGCAGAAAAAAAGUUGAAAGUUUGUGUGAGAAAAAAAAAUGGGCCAUGACUCAGAUAACCACCAAGCACCACCGUCAGUUCAGGCACCGCCACCGGGACCACCACCUCAGAACCUUGGACUUUCAAGGGGUCCCACUUGGACUCCAGCUGAACAGCUUCUUCAGCUUCAUUAUUGCAUCCAUUCAAAUCCUUCAUGGCCUGAAGCAUUGCUUUUGGCUUUUCAGCACUACAUUGUGAUGCUUGGAACAACUGUUAUGAUUGCAAGUUACCUUGUACCUCAAAUGGGUGGGAGUCAUCGUGAUAAGGCUUGUGUGAUUCAGACAUUGUUGUUUAUGUCUGGUAUCAACACAUUGCUUCAGACUUGGUUUGGUUCAAGGCUUCCGGUGAUUAUGGGUGGAUCACUUGCUUUCUAUCUACCGGUGAUGUCGAUCAUAAAUGAUUACAAUGACCAAACUUUUCCAUCUGAGAAUCAGAGGUUUCGCUACACAAUUAGAACAAUUCAAGGAUCUCUCAUUGUUUCUUCUUUUGUCAAUAUCUUCCUUGGAUAUAGUAGGACAUGGGGAAAUUUAACAAAGUUUUUUAGUCCCAUUAGCAUUGUACCUGUGGUUUGUGUGGUCGGACUCGGACUGUUCGGGAGGGGCUUUCCGAUGCUUGCAGAUUGUGUGCAGAUUGGACUACCUAUGCUCCUUCUACUGAUCAUAACACAACAGUAUUUGAAGCACCUUCAUGCUAAGGCUCAUCAUAUACUUGAGAGGUUUGCUUUACUUAUCUGCAUUGCCAUUAUUUGGGCUUUUGCCGCUAUCCUUACCGUUGCUGGUGCAUACAAUACUUCCAAAGAAAAGACUCAAACAAGUUGUCGCACAGAUCGUUCGUACCUUCUGACCCGUGCUCCAUGGAUUUAUGUUCCAUACCCAUUUCAGUGGGGUACCCCCAUAUUCAAAGCUAGUCAUGUCUUUGGGAUGAUGGGAGCAGCACUUGUCACUUCUUUUGAGUCAACCGGUACUUUCUUCGCCGCAGCCAGGCUUUCUGGUGCAACACCCCCUCCUGCACAUGUGCUCAGCCGAAGCAUCGGGCUUCAGGGCAUUAGCAUGCUUAUUGAAGGCAUUUGUGGUUCUGUUGUUGGUACUACAGCAUCUGUUGAAAAUGUCGGUCUACUCGGUCUCACACACAUAGGGAGCAGAAGAGUGGUGCAAAUGUCAUGUGGUUUCAUGAUUUUAUGCUCCAUUUUUGGUAAAUUUGGAGCCUUUUUCGCAUCAAUUCCCCUCCCAAUAUUCGCUGCUAUAUACUGUGUUUUAUUCGGCAUUGUCGCUGCUACUGGGAUCUCAUUUAUACAAUUUGCAAAUAACAAUUCCAUAAGGAAUAUCUAUGUUUUCGGCUUAACCUUGUUUCUCGGGAUUUCAAUUCCUCAAUAUUUUGUCAUGAACACUGCACCUGAUGGUCAUGGUCCAGUUAGAACAAAUGGUGGAUGGUUUAAUGACAUAUUGAACACCAUAUUCUCAUCUCCACCAACUGUGGCAAUAAUAGUUGGGACAGUUCUUGACAACACACUUGAAGCUAAACAAACAGCCGUGGACAGAGGACUUCCAUGGUGGGUUCCUUUCCAGAAAAGGAAGGGAGAUGUUAGAAAUGAUGAAUUUUAUCGCUUUCCUCUCCGUUUGACUGAAUAUAUUCCUAGUAGAUUUCUCUAGGAAUAUUUUCAAUAAGUGCUUAUAUAUAAGCCUAAUUUAAUGAGCACAAUUGCCUUGUAAGAUAUGGUGCCAAACAAUUUUCAUUUUAGGCAAUUAGUAGCCAAAUUUUAUCUGGGGUAAAUUAAUUUAUGUGACUUGCUAUGUCUUUAUA